CCACUAAACUUUAAAAAACAAGCAGAUAUGUGGUUGCCCUUCUUCUACUCUUUGAGAAAGAGGGCAAGAUGAAUGAGAAGCUAAGUGUCAUGGAACUACUAAAACGAGCUGCUAAGUUACUACUCUUCAGUAACAUCAGUCUCCCUUUCUUCCUCUUCCUCUGCUCUCUCCCACUGUUUUGUUUCUUGAUCUUUUUCGAGCUCUCCCUCCAAACCACCGUCUCCCUCACUUACCAGUUCCUCUCCCAAGAACUCGAACUUGGCGGCUACUUCUAUCUCCAAGAUCAUAAAGAUUUGUCUGAGAAUGAUCUGGUUCCAUGGCUGAUUCAGACAUCUCUGCUAUACUUUUUCCCUUACGCCCUUCUCGACCUCUUAACCACCACCGUGAUCGUUGCAGCGUCUUCCGUGUCUUACACGUCCGAGGAUGAAGAACCGUUGGGGCUGCUUUGUUUGGUACAGAGAUCUACCAAGAUAUGUCGGAAGAGAUUAUUAGGUUGUCUGAUCACAUCACUCUAUGUCCUCCUCUUGUCAACCUCAGUGUUCUUUGGCUUCUUCUCAGAUUCAGUCAACUACUUAUUCGUUUUUUCUCUCUCACGUGAUUACAAAAACUUCUACUACCAUACAGGAGUGCUGUUCCACGCGGUGGUGGCUUUGAUUCACGGUACUGUCUUCAUAGUUCUGGCUGUCAAGUUCGGCAAGUGGAGCGCGGGAUGGAACAUGGGUUUGGUUGUUUCGGUCUUAGAAGAAGAAGAUGGUAAAGGAGGCAUCUAUGGAACCAAUGCUCUGUCUCUUUCGUAUUGGUAUGGAAGAGGACAUGAGAAACGUGAUCUGUUGAUGAUGUUGAUGUUUUCGGUAUUUGCUAUUGUGACGAGGAUGCCGUGUUUAUACUCCACAUGCAGUGAGAGGUCAAGCGGAAAUGGAGUUUUGUACACUGGUAUCUAUGUGGGUUUGAUUUGUGUUGGGAAUGUUGUUAAAUGGGUGGCUUGUGUUGUAAGCUACUAUGAUUGUAGAGCUAGGGUUUUGGAGAAGAAGGAUGAUGUGGAGAUUGGAUCAAAAGCUAAGGCUUUUGCUACCUAAGAGAUUUGUUUUUUGCUUUUGUCACACGUUAUGCUUUGCUUACAUUUGGAGUUUUCUACAUUACAUCAUAAUUUAUUGUUAAUGCUCAUAGUUUGGCUAAAUAA